UUGCGAGUUGAUAGAUGCUGCUGCCAGCUCACAGCCAGAGGAAUGGCUACACAGACGGUGCUUGGCAGAGAGCCAGAAGAACUGCAUGCUCUCCCGUUUUCUCUUCCCGUUUUUCUCCAUUCUUAUAAAGGUUGUGUUCCCUGCAUCAUCGGUCUGCUUCUGCUGCUUGGAGAUGGAGUAAUUGCAGGCUUGAAAGCAGCUUGCAGGAGACUGUGGGGGUCAAAAUACGUCAGCAGCACUGCACUCCACACGUCUGACUCACUGCCUGGGAUAAAAUGAUUUGCCUUUAUUCCUGCGGGUCUCAAUGCUUGCACUGAAUGGCUUUUAAUGUGUGCCUUUUUUCUUUCUUCCCGACUGUACAAUUAAAAAGCUCUCUAGCCUUCUUUGGAGAUGGUGCUUGAGGCUGAAGGCUAUGCCAGAACGGUAAUGGGAGUAGCACAAAUAUGCUGAACUUUAAAAGUAAUGCCCAAGGAUGUUGAGCCGGCUUCCAAGGCUUCAUUGUUCGGAGGAGUGCAUGUCUUUUGUGCUUUCAUCCCCCCGUUCAGCCCAUGUUGCUUUGUCUUUAACCUACCGUGCGAGGCAGAGGGUGCCCAAUCACGUGCUUCUAAACUUGAAGCUGAUCUGGUGAAGAUGAGCUUCCAUGGUGCCAGUGGAGGAUGUGACCGGUCCCGAGAUCGGCGCAGGUCAAGUGACAGAUCCCGAGAUUCCUCCCAUGAGAGGGGGGAAAGCCAGUUGACUCCAUGCAUUAGAAAUGUCACCUCCCCUACUAGACAGCACAACAGUGAUCGCGAGAGAGAUCACAACUCCUCCUCCCGGCCCAGCAGUCCCCGGCCUCAGAAAGCCUCUCCGAAUGGCUCCACCAGCAGCGGAGUCACCAGCAGCCGGAACAGCUCCCUGUCCAGCACCGAGGGCAACUGCAAGGGUGUGGGGGUCGGAGAAAUGGUGUUUGUCUACGAAAAUGUCAAAGAAGGAGCAAGAAGCAUGAGAACCUCGGAAAGAGUAACCCUUAUUGUGGAUAACACUAGAUUUGUGGUAGAUCCUUCCAUCUUCACCGCACAGCCUAACACGAUGCUGGGCAGAAUGUUUGGAUCUGGAAGGGAGCACAAUUUCACUCGACCCAAUGAAAAAGGAGAGUAUGAGGUAGCAGAAGGCAUCAGCUCUACUGUGUUUCGAGCCAUUCUGGAUUACUAUAAAUCUGGGAUAAUCCGCUGCCCUGAUGGAAUCUCUAUUCCGGAGCUAAGAGAAGCAUGUGACUAUCUCUGCAUCUCCUUUGACUACAGCACUAUUAAGUGCAGAGACCUGAGUGCACUAAUGCAUGAGCUCUCCAAUGAUGGAGCACGCAGGCAGUUUGAAUUCUAUCUGGAGGAGAUGAUCCUGCCACUGAUGGUGGCCAGUGCCCAGAGCGGGGAGAGAGAGUGUCACAUUGUAGUGCUGACGGAUGAUGAUGUGGUGGACUGGGAUGAAGAAUACCCUCCACAGAUGGGAGAGGAAUAUUCACAGAUUAUUUACAGCACAAAGUUGUAUCGUUUCUUCAAAUAUAUAGAAAAUAGAGAUGUUGCCAAAUCUGUUUUAAAGGAAAGGGGUCUGAAGAAAAUCAGAUUGGGCAUUGAAGGUUACCCAACUUACAAAGAGAAGGUGAAAAAGAGACCAGGCGGCCGGCCAGAGGUCAUCUAUAAUUACGUCCAGAGACCCUUCAUCAGAAUGUCUUGGGAAAAGGAAGAGGGAAAGAGUCGGCAUGUGGAUUUCCAGUGUGUGAAGAGCAAAUCCAUCACUAACCUGGCUGCAGCUGCAGCCGAUAUUCCUCAGGACCAGCUGGUGGUAAUGCACCCCACUCCCCAAGUGGAUGAGCUGGACAUCCUCCCAAUUCAUCCUCCGCCUGGCAACAACGACCCCGAUCCCGACGCCCCCUCACCUGCCCUCUGAGACUCGCACCUCAAACCAUAGCAUGCUGCAGAAAAGGGGCAAAAGUGGCACUGUAACCUUAAUGCCUUUGCACUUCAUCAGCAGCCUUAGAAUCUGAAGGAGAACUGGUUUACCUUUACACCAAGAGGGAUGCAAGCUUUUGGCAGCAGUGUAUUUUUUUACGACCAAAGGAGUAAAGAUGUUUUUUUUAUUUAAAUUGGUUUUUAAAUUUAAUUUUACCAACCCACUACUUUUGAAUCAGUCCAACAGUAUUAGUCUUUAACAGUUUGAGAUCUUGCACAGUGUGGUGCUAUUGUGUUUUGAGUUUGCUUUCACUUGCAAAAUCUUGCUUUUCCUUCUGCUCAUGCAGUGAAGCAGCAAUAACACAUGGGAAUGGAGCACAUUUGGGACAAUGAAUUCUGGUGUUGAACUGAUGCGUUGGGUUUAUUUUUUUUCAAUCAUCCUAAUAAAAGGUGAUGUUCGAGUGGGGAGCUGCGUCAGCAUGGGGUGGCUGAAAAAGAACAAGAAAAGGUUGAUUCCACUCUGACGAAUAGGAGAAACAACAAACAACAAGGAAAAUUUCACACUAAAAAAACAAGAAAAGUUUCAGUUGUUGAGCCUUCUUCAGGUGGAAAGAAACAUCUGAAGAAGGCUCAACAACUGAAACUUUUCUUGUUUUUUUUUAGUGUGAAAUUUUCCUUGUUCUAUUACAAGGUGACCCAAUCAAAUAAGCGUGUCACCUACCCUGGCCCAUCUGUUUUAAGUUUAUUCACUUUCCAGGGUGUAUUCAGUUCAAUGUGUAAAUUUCCUGCAAUCAGGAUCCUUUUGUUCAAAGCUUGAAACCAUUGUUUAAUAAACAACUUAAAAUGAC